AAAAUUUUAAUAUUUCUAGACAUUUCUUUGCUGCUUUAUUAAACAAAUAAUGUGGAUAAACUUAAAUUCAUACUAUUAUUAAAUGAGAUUAUUCAAAUAAGUAUUUAAUAAGAUUGGUAUAUUCUUCCCAUCGAAACUCAUCUUCAAAAUAAUCGACGAUUUGCAUACAUUGCAUCUCUAUCUCUAGCUGACGCUAGGUCAAGUUGACAUUGUAAAGAAUUUCUGCACGAAAAUGUCGUAUUUAUUAACUGAAAUCGCCCUUGAAAUGCUGGGCUAUAAGUUUUACGAUACAAAUGGUGUAUUCCAUUUAAUCAACUUUCAACAAUCGACAGAAUCUGCCCAAUCCGAGGGACAGACACAUCCACAAGAACCCUCCUUAUCGGAGUUUAUUGAUAGGCCAACCGACGCGGAAUCCGAGAAGAAUAAUAGACAAAAGGCACACGACCAGGCACAGCCAUCAACUGUUCCCUCAACCAUACAACUGCGCGGCGCUCCCGUUCGUGCAUUGGCUAAAAUGAUGGAAUUCCAGAACGACAAACAGCAGCAACAGGCACAGAAGCAACAAACACAACCGCAGCCGCAAGUGCAGCCCCAGCAUCAGCAGCAGCAACAAAAGCCGCCGAAACGAUUAUCUAGCUCGUCAGUUGAGGCUGAACAAGCAAACACCACAAAUCCAACCCGUCGAACGCCCGCGAAAGCUUUGGCCAAUAUUUUGACCUAUGAAAAGUUUAAAAUACGCAAUCAAAUAAAAAUGCGAAUGGAAAAAACAGUGAAGAAAGAACCGGGAAGUCCCAGUCAGGAGGCGCUGCAAGAAUGUCUUAUGGCGGAGUUGAAAAAAUUAGUAAAAGACGCUAACGAUAUGCGGGAGUUUCGGCAGUUCUUGGAAGAGCGUCUAAAGCGCAUUGAUCCGUGUCCAUAUGAAAACUACGUUCUUACGUUUCCUGCGGAAUAAUUUCAGUAUACAUUUAUGUUACUGUGUAAAAAUAUUAAAAGGCGACUUAUAAAGUUCACAUUUUAGUUAAUAUAUUUACAUUUAAACAAC